AUGAGUAAGGAAGAGCUCAGAGCCAAACUUUCAGAAUUCAAGCUUGAAACCAGAGGUGUAAAGGAUGUAUUAAAGAAGAGACUGAAAAACUAUUACAAGAAGCAGAAGCUGAUGUUGAAAGAGAGCAAUUGUGCUGACAGUUACUACGAUUACAUUUGUAUUAUUGACUUUGAAGCCACUUGUGAAGAGGGAAACCCACCUGAGUUCAUACAUGAAAUAAUUGAAUUCCCUGUUGUUUUGCUGAAUACUCAUACCUUAGAAAUAGAAGAUACAUUUCAGCAGUAUGUGAGACCAGAGAUUAACACCCAACUUUCUGACUUCUGCAUCAAUCUAACUGGAAUUACUCAGGAGCAAGUAGACAGAGCUGAUACCUUCCCUCAGGUACUGAAAAAAGUCAUUGACUGGAUGAAAUUGAAGGAAUUAGGGACAAAGUAUAAAUAUUCCAUAUUAACAGAUGGUUCAUGGGAUAUGAGUAAGUUCUUGAACCUUCAGUGCCAGCUAAGCAGACUCAAAUAUCCACCUUUUGCUAAAAAGUGGAUCAAUAUUCGAAAGUCAUAUGGAAACUUUUACAAGGUUCCUCGAAGCCAAACUAAGCUGACAAUAAUGCUUGAAAAACUCGGAAUGGAUUACGACGGGCGGCCUCACAGUGGUCUUGAUGACUCUAAGAACAUUGCCCGAAUAGCAGUCCGAAUGCUGCAGGAUGGGUGUGAACUCCGGGUUAACGAGAAGAUGCAUGCGGGGCAGCUAAUGAGUGUGUCCUCUUCACUGCCGAUAGAGGGCACUCCAGCGCCACAAAUGCCGCAUUCCAGAAAAUAA